AAAACAUGGAAUUUGUCUUAUAUUUCAUUCUAUAAGCCUCAAGUCUACCACAAUCCCACAACAUGGCUUCCGAAAGCAAUGUUCUCAUUUUCGACAGUCUCAGCAAAGAGGGCAAGAUUUGGUCCCAUCAUGUACUCCGAGUUUUAUUCUCACUCCACUACAAAGGAAUUCCCUAUUCAUUUCAAGGGAUCGAGUAUCCCGAUAUCAUCCCAACUUUUGCGCCGACGGCUCUGGAACCGAAAGAUGACCCUAUAGAGCCAUACGAAAUACCGGUGCUCAAGCUCCAGACAUCAACCGGCUUUGUUCACUACGAAAUGAACAUUUCGAAAAUAAUCCAAGCCCUGGAGGAGCUGAAACCCGAACCAUCUCUCCGGUAUAACACGCCGCGAACUGUCGAAUACAGGACCCGUUUCGGGCCAGCGUUUACGCCAAUUCUUCAACUCACCGUCGGACACGUGCCUCGCAUACUAUCAGAGCGCAGCGCCGUGGCGUUUUGCGAAAAGCGAAAACUGCGAUGGGGCAAACCCGUAGAGCAGUGGCUCGAGGAGCAUCCGAUACAACAAGGGCUGGCUGUGGCGGAGCCUCGACUCAGAGAGCUUGGCGAUUGGCUUGAAGCAGUUCCCGGGCCGUUUGUCGAUGGCGAUGGCCCUGGCUAUGCGGACUUUACUAUUGCAAGUUUAUUGGCGUUUGUGAGGGCUGUUGGCCUGUCAGACGUUUUUGAAGCGGUGCUGGGCUUCCAUCCUGCGAUUCGGGGAUUGUAUGACGCUGUUGAGGCGACUCAAAGAGGGAAUGUUUGGUGUCAGUACCUGUUUGAAAACGGUAAAUAAACCAGGUAGUUUUGCACUGUAGUGCUGGGUUUGGCAGCGCCAUCAAGCGUAGUUUAGCAAUGCCAAGAUCUGAAGACUUGGAGAUGCAUGCUCACUCGAGGGAUGUGAGUGUCGUUGGACUAAUGGGCCACCCUGGGGUUAUGGCAGUGAUGACAAUUAAUUCCUCAACCAGGGUCUAAUUAUCUCUGGGAAGACGCGCAAAUGGUAAUAAAUCUCAUGCAUU